CAACUCACUGCAAAAGUACAGCAGCGCAGUCCGAGCAGCAGUACAGGGCUCGAGCUCGAGUCGCUGCGGUUCCUAGCUAGGUAGCGACAGUCCAACUUGCUCGUCAUCCAUGGCUCUCCAGCUCGCCCCUUCCACCCUCUCCGUCCCCAAGAAGGGCAGCACCAUGGGUGCGGUGGCGGUGAAAGACACGGCGGCGUUCCUCGGCGUCAGCAGCAAGACCAAGAAGACGAUGGCGGUGAGGACGCAGGUGGCGACCGCGCCGACGCCGGUGUCCACUUCACCGGGCUCAACCACGUCGUCGCCGGGCGGCAAGAAGACGCUGCGGCAGGGCGUGGUGGUGAUCACCGGCGCGUCCUCCGGCCUCGGGCUCGCGGCGGCAAAGGCCCUGGCGGAGACGGGCAAGUGGCACGUGGUCAUGGCCUGCCGCGACUUCCUCAAGGCGUCCAAGGCCGCCAAGGCGGCGGGCAUGGCGAACGGGAGCUACACGGUCAUGCACCUCGACCUCGCCUCCCUCGACAGCGUGCGCCAGUUCGUGGACGCGUUCCGCCGCGCCGAGAUGCCGCUGGACGUGCUUGUGUGCAACGCAGCCAUCUACCGCCCCACGGCGCGCACGCCGACGUUCACCGCCGACGGGCACGAGAUGAGCGUGGGCGUCAACCACCUCGGCCACUUCCUCCUCGCCCGCCUCAUGAUGGAAGACCUCCAGAAGUCCGACUACCCUUCCCGCCGCCUCGUCAUCGUCGGCUCCAUCACCGGCAACGUCAACACGCUCGCCGGCAACGUGCCGCCCAAGGCCAACCUCGGGGACCUCCGCGGGCUCGCCGGCGGCCUCACCGGCGCCUCCGGAUCCGCCAUGAUCGACGGCGACGAGAGCUUCGACGGCGCCAAGGCGUACAAGGACAGCAAGGUGUGCAACAUGCUCACCAUGCAGGAGUUCCACCGGAGGUACCACGAGGACACCGGGAUCACCUUCUCGUCGCUCUACCCCGGCUGCAUCGCCACCACCGGCCUCUUCAGGGAGCACAUCCCGCUCUUCCGCACGCUCUUCCCGCCGUUCCAGAGGUUCGUCACCAAGGGGUUCGUGUCCGAGGCCGAGUCCGGGAAGAGGCUCGCGCAGGUGGUCGGGGAGCCCAGCCUCACCAAGUCCGGCGUCUACUGGAGCUGGAACAAGGACUCGGCGUCCUUCGAGAACCAGCUCUCGCAGGAGGCCAGCGACCCCGAGAAGGCGCGCAAGGUCUGGGAGCUCAGCGAGAAGCUCGUCGGACUCGCCUGAUCGAUUCACACGCAUGGAUCUACGCCUACGCGUGUGCCCAAUUUGUUGCAUAAUUACCAUCAUUCCCACUUCUUGUUUAGGAACUCAAUUGCGCGAGAGGUCUUGCGAGCGCCCGCGGGAGUACAUAGAUCUCGUGUGAAAAAUGUGUACAAUUUUCGGCGAACCAUGGAAUAAAACUGCAGGCCUAAUAAUUGAGGAUA